CUCUAAGUCCGUAGGUUAUCAGUAACAUCAGAGAUGUUUAAGGAUGUGACGAUGAUACCUUCUCUGGAAUCUCGGGAAACUGAAGGCUGUCCAUUUCCUCCUCAUUGAUAGCUGUGUGUUUGUGCUUAGGUGGUGUAACAGAAACGAUCCUAUAUCAGUUUCAUACAAGUUUUUAUUAGCUUCAGUUUAGUUGUACAGACCCUCGGGUUGAAAAAACACAUUAUGUUUUUGUUCACCGUCGUAAAGUUUUCCUGUUGACAUCGAGCUCGGGUAGAUGGCUGUAUAAAUUGUCACACAAAUGGAAAUGGUGCCCAGCGAAGAGAACCAGCUCGUACCGAAAGAGGGUAUGUUUUGGAGUUGCAGGCAGAGUAUUUUCAAUGAGAUGAAGAAGAGGUUUUCUCAGAUAGAGAAUGCGUCAGAGGAGCCCAGAGUGCUGUGUAUAGUCCAGGACACUACCAAUGCUAAGACGGUCAACGAGAGGCUCACCCUCAACCUGCCAGCCUCCACUACUCUCUCCAAACUCUUUGAGGAUGUGGCCCACAAGGCGAGCUAUGUGAACGGCACCUUUGACCUGGCAUGGGGCAAGACCGGGGACAUGGGGUCGCUGGAUCCCAGCAGUGAGACGUCCCUCACUGAGUCUGGGUUCGAGCCCGGGAAGAGGAACUUCCUCCAGCUCACAGACAAGGACGGAGAACAGCCUCAGAUUGCAUCGGAUGAGUCGGGGACAGCGGGCAGCAGUGGUCUGGAUGACAGCUCACAGGAGCGCUUCAUCGGCCCGCUGCCCAGAGAUGGCACGGUGGGCUGCAGCAGCGACUACAGCAGCCCCAGCUAUUCCUACUCCUCCAUCCUCAACAAGUCUGACACAGGAUAUGUGGGUUUGGUGAACCAGGCCAUGACCUGCUAUUUGAACAGCCUUCUACAAACUCUGUUUAUGACCCCGGAGUUCAGAAAUGCACUGUACAACUGGGAAUUUGAGGAGUCGGAGGAAGACCCGGUCACCAGCAUCCCUUACCAGCUACAGAGGCUGUUUUUGCUCCUGCAGACCAGUAAGAAGAGGGCCAUCGAGACCACCGACGUGACCCGCAGCUUCGGCUGGGACAGCAGCGAAGCCUGGCAGCAGCAUGACGUCCAGGAGCUGUGUAGGGUCAUGUUUGAUGCCCUGGAGCAGAAAUGGAAGCAGACAGAGCAGCAGCAGUUUUCUCCACUUACGGCUGACCUGAUUAACCAGCUGUACCAGGGGAAGCUGAAGGACUAUGUGCGCUGUCUGGAGUGUGGCUAUGAGAGCUGGAGGAUCGACACCUACCUGGACAUCCCUCUGGUCAUCAGACCCUUUGGGGCCAGCCAGGCUUAUGGCAGCGUGGAGGAGGCUCUACAGGCCUUCGUCCAGCCAGAGACUCUGGAUGGGGCCAACCAGUAUUUCUGUGAGCGGUGCAAGAAAAAAUGUGAUGCCCGUAAGGGGCUUAGGUUUCUGCACUUUCCCUACCUGUUGACUUUGCAGCUGAAGCGUUUUGACUUUGACUACACCACUAUGCACCGCAUCAAACUCAACGACCGCAUGUCCUUCCCUGAGGAGCUGGACAUGGGUCCUUUCAUUGACGUGGAGGAUGAGAAAUCUCCUCAAACGGAGAGCUGCACUGACAGCGGGGCAGAGAAUGAAGGCAGUUGCCACAGUGACCAGAUGAGCAACGACUUCUCGGCAGACGACGGUGUUGAUGAGGGCAUCUGCCUGGACAGCGCCAGCAGUACUGAGAGGGUCCUGAAGCCAAAGGUACCCAACCUCAACACUAGUUCAUUGACCUUUGAGCUGUUCUCGGUCAUGGUCCAUUCGGGCAGCGCUGCAGGUGGCCACUACUAUGCCUGCAUUAAGUCCUUCAGCGAUGGCCAGUGGUACAGUUUCAACGACCAGCACGUCAGCAAGAUCACCCAGGAAGACAUAAGGAAAACAUAUGGAGGGUCCUCGGGGAGCAGAGGCUAUUACUCCAGUGCCUUUGCCAGCUCUACAAAUGCGUAUAUGCUGAUUUAUAGGUUGAAAGACCCCUCAAGGAAUGCAAAGUAUCUGGAUUGUGAGGACUUCCCUGAGCACAUAAAGCAUCUGGUCCAGAGGGAGAAGGAGUCUGAGGAGCAGGAGAAAAGACAGAGGGAGAUCGAGCGCAAUACCUGCAAGAUCAAGCUGUUCUGCAUGCAUCCGGUGAAGAUGAUGGCUAUGAUGGAGAACAAGCUGGAAGUGCACAAGGACAAGACGCUCAGAGAGGCAACAGAGAUGGCCUACAAGCUCAUGGAACUGGAUGGGGUGGUCCCGCUGGACUGCUGUCGCCUGGUCAAGUACGAUGAGUUCCAUGAGUACCUGGAGCGUUCGUACGAGGGCGAGGACGACACCCCCAUGGGGCUGCUGCUGGGCGGGGUCAAGUCCUCCUACAUGUUUGACCUGCUGCUGGAGACCCGCAGAGCUGAACAAGUCUUCCAGCCAUACAAACCUGGAGAGGUGAUGGUGAAGGUUCACGUGGUGGAUCUGAAGACGGACACUAUCGCCCCUCCCGUCAGCAUCAGGGCCUAUCUAAACCAGUCAAUUACUGAGUUCAAGCAGCUCAUUGCACAGGCCACAGAGCUCUCAGCCGAAACCAUGCGUGUCGUCCUGGAGCGCUGCUAUAAUGACCUUCGGCUUCUCUACGUGCCCAACAAGACACUGAAAGCAGAGGGUUUCUUCAGGAGCAACAAGGUUUUUGUGGAAAGCUCUGAAUCCCCAGAUCACCAGGUCACCUUCACUGAUUCCCUCUUGUGGAAACUGCUGGAUCGCCAUGGGAACACAAUCCGCCUGUUUGUCUCGCUGCCUGUGCAAUCCCCCGGCACCAACCGAACUAUUUGCCAAAAAGUUGGUGGCGAAACUGAGGAGUGCUCUGAGGGGUCAAAGGGCAACAGGAAUUCCGUAGAGACCAUCCUGGAGGAGAGCACAGAGAAGCUGAAGAACCUGUCCCUCCAGCAGCAGCAGGGCUCCAGCACCAGUGACAGCCAGAAGAGCUCAGACACCAGUGACUUCGAGCACAUAGAGUCCCCCUCACCCUCUCAGGAACCAGACUCCUCCUCCGUAUCUGCUGUUGUUGCAGUCGACAACCGAGAGCUGGAGAACCGGAUCCGGGCGGCCAGCGGGGGGAGCGGCGGGGGGGCCUACUCUGACCCAGAAACCCAGUUCCCUGGGGAGGAGCGCUCAGACUCUGAGGUGAACAACGACCGCAGCACGAGCUCAGUGGACAGUGACAUCCUGAGCUCCAGCCACAGCAGUGACACGCUGUGCAACGCUGACAGCGGCCCCAUUCAGCUGGCCAACGGCCUGGACUCACACAGCAUCACCAGCAGCCGCCGCUCCAAGGCCAACGAGGGCAAGAAAGAGACGUGGGACACAGCCGAGGAGGACAGUGGCACGGACAGCGAGUAUGACGAGAACGGGAAGAGCAAGGCAGAAUCCUAUUACCUCUACUUCAGAGCAGAACCAUAUGCACAGGAGGACGGCUCUGGGGAAGGAGGCCAGAAAUGUGUACUGGUCCACGUGGAUAAGAGGAUAACUCUGUCAGCAUUCAAACAGAACCUGGAGCCUUUCGUGGGGGUCACCUCUACCCAGUUCAAAGUGUUCCGCAUCUACGCCAACAACCAGGAGUUUGAGAGUGUACGGCUCAACGAGACCCUCUCCUCCUUCUCUGACGACAACAAGAUAACCAUUCGAUUAGGCAGAGCACUGAAGAAGGGCGAGUAUCGGGUGAAAGUGUACCAGCUACUAGUGAAUGAUGCAGAGCCCUGUAAGUUCCUUGUGGACACAGUGUUUGCUAAGGGCAUGACUGUGAAACAGUCCAAAGAGGAGCUAAUGCCUCAGCUGAAAGACCAAUGCAAGCUGGACCUCAACAUCGACAAGUUCCGUCUCAGGAAGAAGACGUGGAAGAACCCAGGGACAGUGUUUCUGGACUACCACGUCUACGAGGAGGACAUCAACAUCUCCAGUAACUGGGAGGUCUUUCUGGAGGUUCUAGAUGGACCGGAGAAGAUGAAGUCCAUGUCCCAGCUGGCUGUGCUCACCCGCCGCUGGACCCCCGCCCAGAUGAAGCUGGAGCCCUUCCAGGAAGUGGUUCUGGAGAGCAGCAGUGUGGAGGAACUCAAGGAAAAGCUCAGUGAAAUAAGUGGUAUUCCUCUUGAAAACCUGGAGUUUGCCAAGGGGCGUGGAACAUUUCCUUGUGAUAUCUCGGUUUUGGAGAUCCAUCAGGAUCUGGACUGGAACCCUAAAGUGUCCACUCUGAAUGUGUGGCCUCUGUACAUCUGUGAUGAUGGUGCUGUGGUUUUCUACAGGGACAGCACAGAGGAGCCUAUGGAACAGUCGGAAGAUGAACGCAAUGAGCUGAUGAAGAAGGAGAGCAGCCGGCUGCUGAAGACUGGCCACCGGGUCAGUUACUCACCUCGUAAGGAGAAGGCCCUUAAGAUCUACCUGGAUGGGGGCCCGGUCAAGGACCCGGGGCAGGACUGAGGCCCGUCCCAGUUAGCUGGCUGGCCUGCCUGCCUGCCGCAGUGUAGCUUGGCCCGGCCAGGGGACCCUGUCUGGCGUGGGGCCCCACGUUGACUCGACGACGUCACCAGAGCAGUGCGUUUCACACGCCCUCUUUCAUCCUCCCAUCUGAGCUCUAGGGGAAAGAGUGGCUCAGAAAUCAUAUUGUGCACUAUAGUUUAUUGUACUGUGAAGUUUAAAGGGAAGUGCAAAAGCUAUUCAAUUAAAAAAAAAAAAUACCGACAAAUCAAUUUAAUGGAAAUGUUCCAGACAUGGGUGCACGAUCAGAGUAGAGAUGUGUAGCCAGAGGGAAAGAAAUGUCUUUCUGUUUCCUCUCUUCUCUGCGACACUUUAUUUCUCCUCAUCUCCCUCUAGCACUUGGUUUCUCGCUCUCCCCCUCUGUUAUGCAGACUAGCAAGAGACUACCUGACCCAUCUGUGAACAUGUACCUGGUUCAAAUUCUCCACAUUUGAAAUUUUACCAGGCUAGAGCGAUGCUCAUCCCACCCACCCACUUUAGAGACUGUGAGUAUAAAGCCAAGAGUAUCUACAACAACAAACUCACUUUCAGUUUUCUUCCAGUUUCUUUGUCUUCUUUAAUCCAAACUGCAGUUUAUCGUCUUUGGCAAAUUGAUACGUUCACACUCAACAUUUGAAUGACCUCUGUAUCUCUGAUUCUAUAAAGUGGUCAUUUUUAAAAUUUGCUGACGUUUAUGCUGUUUUCCCAGAAUGCCACAGUGUGCAUCACUGUGGAAACUCCUCUUACUGUUGCUCCACCCCCUUCUCUUUAUAGGAGCUCAGCCUCUGCCAUUUCCUCCUGAUUCACUGAUAUGUGUUAGUCUUCCAAUUACCAAGGAAAUGGCAACUAGACCACCAACUAGACUACGUUAAGGCACUCAUCAUUUUGUUCAAUGUAAAUUAUUUUGAUGUUAUUGUGAGCGACCUCUGGCACACAUUAAAAACAUUUUGUCUGUAUUUAACCUUAUGUUAAUUUAGAAACAUGUUUAUUUCCUCUGUCGUUUUUAUUUCUGCACGAUGUGAAUGGUGUGCGUGUCUGUCGAGGCCACGUGCAUGCUGAUUGCUUGAGGGGCGGGAGCCCUUAGUGGUUUUGGGAGAUGGUUGGGGGCAAUAUAUACCUGCUGCUGCUUCUCAUAGACUGAGACCAGAGGGCAUAGACCCUACUGGACCAGCUGACUGGGUCUCCACACUGCAGGGCCCAGCAGAGCUCCUCUGGGCUUCUAAUGCUGCCUGCCACAAGCUGUUCACAGUAGAAAUGCCAAUAAAAUAAUUUGUUUCUUCGUUUUGAGGAUUAAAUCUUGUGUGAACAUAGUUAAGGUGAUUUUAGAAUGAAAUUAAAAUGUUUUUUUCAUAA